UUUUCUAUUUCGCGAUUAUCCAAAGGAUUUAUUACAUUCGAGUUUCCGAGAACCGUGAUUUUGGUGUAUUUCAUUUCGCGAAAUUCGUAUUAUAACGCAUAAUAGUAUCUCCGCCCUAUAUUAAAUGUUUACGUGUCAAAUAAAACAUGCCUGCCAUUGACGACAUUAAAUCUUCUUGGGCCGACGAGGUCGAGCUAGACCAAGGCGAGUUACCUGCUCCAAGUGAAAUUAUCGAGAAUGGACACAAAAUCGUCACCGAAUACAAAUACAAUAAUGACGACAAGAAAAUCAAGGUGGUGCGCACAUACAAAAUCACAAAACGUGCUGUGCCCAAAGUAAUAGCGGAACGAAAAACUUGGGCGAAAUUCGGUGACUCGGAACAUGACAAACCCGGUCCAAACUCACAUACGACCAUGGUCGCGGAAGACGUCUACAUGCAGUUCCUGAGCUCGAAGGAGGAGGAGAAGGCAAAUGACAAUAUUUUGGAUCAAAUUAAAAACAUUGGAAAAUGCCGUAUUUGCUCUGGAGAGCAUUGGUCCGCUCAUUGUCCGUUCAAGGGUACUGUCAUGGAUACCAGUAAACUGAUGGAGAGUAAACCAGCAGUACCAGCAGCAGUCCCUGCGGAAACUUCGAAGAGCGGCAAAUACAUUCCACCGUUCCUUAAGGAUAGCCAAAAGGGCGGUACUGGUAUGCGUGGUCGGGAUGAUACUGCUGCCAUCCGUAUUUCAAAUCUUUCGGAAUCCAUCACUGAGUCUGAUUUGGAAGAACUUGUCAAGAAAAUUGGUCAGCACAGCAAAAUGUACUUGGCACGCGAUAAGAAUACCGGAUUGUGCAAAGGUUUCGCAUACGUUCACUUCAAACAACGUAAGGAUGCUGCUGCAGCGAUUGAGAUUCUUAAUGGUCACGGGUAUGAUCAUUUGAUUUUGAAUGUUGAAUGGUCGAAACCCCAGAACAAUUAAAUACUUUAUAGAAAUUGAUUUGUUUGUAAGAUAUUGAUUCGAUAACGCAUUAAUAAAUUUGAGGGCAAUUUCUAUAUAAAAA